CCAAAAGGACUCAACGGACGUCAACUCAAUAAUGGCUGAUGUCGCAUUGAAUAAUAUAUGCGAAACUGCAAUGGGAACAAAUUUAAAAGCUGUCAUUGACUCUGAUUCUAUUGACUACAAGUGCUCAAUUUUCAGGUGGAGUCAGUUAUUCGUGUAUCGUCUUCAAAGAUAUUGGCUUCAUCCAGCCGUGAUCUACAACUUAACGCCCAUGGGCUACCAAAUGAGAAAAGUUCUCAAAAAUUUGCAUUCAUUCACUAAAGGUAUCAUAACUGAUAGAAAAAAGAAAUUGAUGACAAAUGUAUCAUUGAAUGCAAAAACAAGUGAUGAUGAAGACAAAGAUGAGUUCCACGUUAAGAAAAGAAUGGCUAUGUUGGAUUUGCUACUAUCUGCUGAAGCACGUGGCGAAAAUAUUGAUGAAAAUGGAAUUCACGAAGAAGUUGACACGUUUACUUUUGAAGGACAUGAUACAACGUCAAUGGGUUUAAUUUUCACACUACUAUCGUUGGCGGAUAAUCCCGAUGUUCAGCGCAAAGCUUAUGAAGAAAUUGCAGAAGUAUUUGGAGAAGAUGAAAUGCCGGCAACAAUUCAGGAUUUGCAAAAAUUGACUUAUUUAGAUAGGUGCAUUAAAGAGACUUUAAGGCUUUAUCCAAGUGUUCCUUUUAUUUCAAGAGAUUUAACUGAACCAUUAGAUUUAGUUGAUUGCAGGAUACCGGCCGGUCAAAUAAUAAAUGUUCACAUAUUUGACUUACAUCGGGAUCCAGAUAUAUACCCGAAUCCGGAAAUGUUCGAUCCUGACAGAUUUUUACCAGAAGAGUGUGCCAAAAGACAUCCUUUCGCAUACAUUCCUUUCAGUGCAGGACCGCGCAACUGCAUAGGUCAAAAAUUCGCUAUGCUGGAGCUCAAGUCUGUGGUUUCGACGAUUUUGCGUCAUUAUACGUUGGAGGCGAUAACUAAACCAAAGGAUUUAAUAUUUGUGAUCGAUAUUAUUCUUCGCACGGAUCAUCCCAUCAAAAUCAAAUUUAGAAAAAGACGACCUUUAUAAGCUGUUUCUAAUC